AACUUGUUCCAGUCUGAGAGCAAGGCUGGAUCUGUGAACACUGAACACAAAUCAAUGGCGUCGAUCUAGGGUUUAUUGCCCUAAUUAUGGCAAAAAUAUAUAUAAUGGCGGGCGCCACCUUUCUCCAAAAUCACUCACUCCCAUAAUCUCUCUAUUUUUGGAAACACAGCCUUCUCAUCCUUUCUACAUAUAGUAGUUAGUAGGUUUUGUAUCCCGGUUAAUUCUGUGUUCCCUCUAUCGUUCUGUCGGGAAAAUGGCAAGAGACAAGAUUCAGAUGAGGAAAAUCGACAAUGUGACGGCGAGACAGGUCACUUUCUCCAAGAGAAGAAGAGGCCUCUUCAAGAAAGCCGAGGAGCUCUCUGUUCUUUGCGAUGCUGACGUCGCUCUCAUCGUCUUCUCUUCUUCUGGCAAGCUCUUUCACUAUUCUAACUCCAGCAUGAGGGAAAUACUUGAAAAACGUAAUCUCCACUCCAAGAACCUUGAGAAAAUGGGGCUGCCAUCUCUUGAAUUGCAGCUGGUAGAUAAUAGUAACCAUUCCAGAUUGAGCAAGGAAAUUGCUGACAAAACCCAGCGGCUGAGGCAAAUGAGGGGAGAGGAGCUUCAAGAUCUGAGUAUUGAAGAGUUGCAGCAGUUGGAGAGGUCACUUCAAAUAGGUUUGGGCCAUGUUAUCAAGAAAAAGGCUGAAAAGAUUAUGAAGGAAAUAAACCAGCUUCAAGAAAAGGGAGUUCAUUUAAUGGAAGAAAAUGAACGAUUAAGACAGCAGGUGGUAGACACAUCAAAAGGUCAGAGAUCGAUGGCAGUAGCUGGGGAUUCAGAGAACCUUUUAAACGAAGAAGGCGGUCACUCCUCUGAGUCUGUCACUAAUGCCUGCUGCAAGUAUCCUGAUUAUGAUGAUUGCUCUGAUACUUCUCUUAAGUUGGGGUUGCCCUUCACAGGCUGAAUGGAGAAUCCUAACUACUGGCUUAAGAGUCUUCUAACUUUUUUUUUUUGGGUACUCUGAGAACAAGGGAUUGUUAACUAUUUAUAAUUGCAGUUUAUGUAUUAAGUACUUAUAUAUUUUCAUGGACUAU